GUAAACUAUUUCCCUUCGCCAUCACCGGGCUGCCUGAGAAUACUGAUAACUAUGCUAUACCUAUACCUUUCUCACCCAUUUCAUCCAAGACUAGCUGGCUUACAAUUGUUGUCGUCAUUAAGCUGGCAAGUGUACACCAAGUAAGAGGUCUACAGUGCCGUGCUUUCUCCAAAAAUAGAUACAGCGGCCUAUAAAUGUUGAAGUUUUUGCGUAAUCAUAUUUUUCCUUAUUGGAGGUCGAUAAUCGUUGUGUCUGUUCCUCUGUUACUUUUGCCCCUCCCUAUUAUAGCAGGAACAAAGGAAGCAUCAUGCGGGUACAUCAUUCUCAUAAUGGCAAUUUACUGGAUGACGGAAGCGCUACCGUUACCCAUUACGAGUUUGAUUCCGGUUGUUGCUUUUCCGCUCUUUGGCAUCUUGGACACGGGCGAUGUUUGCAUGGCUUACAUGAAGGAAACCAAUAUGAUGUUCAUCGGUGGUCUCAUAUUGGCACUGGGAAUUGAGUUUUGUAAUUUACAUAAAAGGGUCGCCUUGGCAGUACUGCUUCUCGUCGGUGCCAAGCCUAGAUGGUUGAUGGUUGGUUUCAUGGGAACAACAGCCUUCCUGUCGAUGUGGAUCUCCAACACGGCCACAACGGCAAUGAUGGUACCAAUCGUUGAGGCUGUCGUUGCAGAAUUGUACAAGGACGAGGACGAAAAAUCGGUCGGAUCGUCUCACAUAACCGUGGCCAUUUCGAACGACAGUAUUCAAGAACUCGUCCCGGACUCGCUGUCAUUCAAAGACAAUUCCGAGAAAAGCUCAUCAUCACCUUUAUCGCAGGCGGCGAAAGACACCGAAAAGGAACGGAGGCGCAAAGUUAGAGUCGGCGUUAUGAUGUGCAUAGCGUACGCCUCGAACAUAGGCGGAACUGGAUCGUUGAUCGGAUCUUCUCCCCAAUUAGCCCUAAAGGGAAUCGUGCAAGAAACUUUCGGCACGACGGAACUGAAUUUCGCGAGCUGGAUGGCAUUUAAUAUUCCCGGCGUGAUCAUCAAUCUCUUCUUUGCUUGGCUUUGGAUUCAAUAUCUAUUCAUUGGAUUCAAGGGACAAAGCUCCGACCAAGACCGAGAGAAAGAAGUGAAGAAAAUGAUUCGUAGGAAGUUCAGAGAUCUCGGGCCCAUGACAUUCCACGAAGGAGCCGUUCUUAUUCUUUUCAUCAUCUGCGUGAUGCUGUGGUUUUUCCGCGACCCGGGAUUCGUGCCCGGUUGGGCUCAUUUUAUCGAAGACGCCCACGUCGAUGACGCCACAGCUGUAAUGAUUAUAGUCCUGUUUCUGUUCAGCAUUCCUGCCAAGCCUGCGUUUUGGUGUCUGCGUCCACUAGGAGAAACUGGACCAGAGAAACCUAGCCCGGCCCUCUUAGAUUGGAAAUACGUCCAAGAUAGGCUGCCUUGGGGAAUCGUUCUCCUCCUAGGUGGAGGAUUUGCGUUGUCCGAUGCCACUCAAGCUUCUGGAUUAUCGGACUGGAUCGGGCAGCAGUUGAUCGUUUUGAAGGUUCUCCCUCCUUUCGUCAUUAUGUUAAUUAUCUGCAUCAUCACGGCCACAAUAACGGAAAUUGCGUCUAACACAGCGACGGCGAACAUUCUCCUUCCGAUUCUGGCGGAUACGGCGGUAUCGAUCGGGGUCAAUCCUCUCUACUUGAUGGUGCCAGCAACAGUAACUUGUUCUUACGCAUUUAUGCUGCCGGUAGCCACUCCGCCGAACGCAAUCGUCUUCUCGGCUGCUAAGAUGAAUCCGGUUGAAAUGAUGAAAGCUGGUUGGUUCAUGAACUUGGUUUGCGUGGUUGUCAUCUGCGUCCUGAUGGAAACGUGGGGCAGCGUGAUUUUCAACAGUAACGAAUUUCCGGCCUGGGCCAACACCACGUUGACGGACAAAAAUGAAAAUCAAUGCAACAUCACGGAACUUUUAAGUACGACAAUGGCAGACGUCAGCAUAUGGGGUAAUUAAACGCGAAGAUGAAAA